GCGUUUCCUCCGCGCUCGUUCCUCCACCGCCCCUUUGUUUGCCGGGCGCGGCGGGCCCACGGUUAUAUUUAGGCGGCAGGUGUGGCAGCCACAACAAGCCGGGUCGCCUGCCGGUCACCGGCCACCCCGCCCACGUGAUGCCCGGGCGCUAUAAAUAGCUCUGGGCCGCGGGGCCGGCAGAGCAUCCGCGGACAGCAGGCGCCCGGCGCUCUGGGUCUCCCAGCCUCGGUCGGGUCUGGCUCCGUGCGAUUGGAGGCGGCGGCGGGACGUGCGCGCGCGCCGACGUUGCCUGCUGCUGACCGGCCUGGGAUCCAUGGAGAGGGUCUGGAGGGUCAGCUCGGAGUGCUGCCGUGCCCAGCAUUGCCACCGCGCCUGCUGCCGGGCCUGCUGCUAAGGAGGGCGCCGCGCCUCUGGCCUUCACCAUUGCCCUCAACCGCCGAUGGCCUCUGCUGCCCGGCCUGGGGCCGCCUGAGCCCCCUGCGUCCUGCCAGUACUCGCCGUGCCCCGAUGGGGUAACGUGACAGAGGCCCUUGUGCCAGAGUCGCCCGCCUGCUGCCUCGGCCGCCGCCUGUGCCUCCCACUCCAAGGAGGCCCUCUUGGUUCAGUUCAAGUUCGUUUUGCUUUUUUGUUUUUGUUUUGCUUUUUUUUUGUUUUUGGGUGUUUGGGGCCUGCCUUUGAGUGAAGGGGGCUGUCCGCCCAUUCCCCGAUGCAGAGAGGGUGUCCCCAGUGACAGACACUGUGCUGACAGUGCUUGAUGCGGCCACGACGGCCAGAUUUAUUCUGGGCUUUUUAAGGUUUUCUUUGUUGACUUUUUUGGUUGUUAUUUUUAUUUUUGACCUCUUCUAAUUAUUCGUCUCUGAGAGGCAGGAGCUUGGACGGGCCCGUUUGACUUCUGGGGGGUUGUGUCUUCCUUUUCUUUUUUAAUUAGAGUUGGAUUUUCUUUUUUAACCAUCCAAGCACCAGGCGGCAUCCUCCCCCCUCCUGAGUAUUUGCACAAUAUUUGUGCGGGGUGUGGGGGGCGGGUUUUUUAAAAGCAUUUCCUCUCUUGGACAAGCACAGGGAUCCCAUUUUCCUCUUAUCUGGGGGGCUCGGGGGCUCCUCCCAUCUGUGUCCCCAGCCCCGUCGUGGGGAGGAACCAUGGCACGCAUGAACCGGCCGGCCCCCGUGGAGGUCAGCUACAAGAAUAUGCGCUUCCUCAUCACACACAACCCCACCAACGCCACUCUCAGCACCUUCAUACAGGACCUGAAGAAGUACGGGGCCACCACUGUGGUGCGAGUGUGUGAAGUGACCUACGACAAGGCCCCGCUGGAGAAGGACGGCAUCACCGUCGUGGACUGGCCAUUUGACGAUGGGGCGCCCCCCCCUGGCAAGGUAGUGGAGGACUGGCUGAGUCUGCUGAGGGCCAAGUUCUGCGAUGACCCUGGCAGCUGCGUGGCUGUGCACUGCGUGGCAGGCCUGGGACGGGCUCCCGUGCUUGUGGCACUGGCUCUCAUCGAGAGUGGGAUGAAGUAUGAAGACGCCAUCCAGUUCAUCCGACAAAAGCGGCGUGGAGCCAUCAACAGUAAGCAGCUCACCUACCUGGAAAAAUACCGGCCCAAACAGAGACUGCGGUUCAAAGACCCACACACGCACAAGACCAAAUGCUGUGUCAUGUAGCUCAGGACCUCAGCUGCCGGGGCCGCCGGGCCUCCAUCUCGCCUUUCUCUCCAGCACCUCCGUGCACCUGCCUCCAGGGGUCCACUCCACCCACGACCCUCUGCUGUCGCCGUCUCCCUGUGUCUGCCCACAUCGUCCUCUUUUCAGACCCAUCCUUCCCUUGUCCCCAUGCCCUGGGUCUCUGUCUCUGUGUCCUCUGUGUGUCUCUCUGAGGCUUAGUCAGGGGCCCGUCCCUGGCCUUGUGCCAUCACCCUCUCUGUACCACCCCCGCAGCUCUCCUCUCUGGCCCAUUUGUUGGGGGGAGGGAGGCAGGUGUACUUUUUAACCACUAGGCCCAACUCGUCCUCUGCGGCCCCUCUUCCUGACUUGUUCUCAGCUCCUUAAAUGAUUGUUUCUGGGGGCGGUCAGAUGUUUUGGACACUCAAAGGCAAUAAAACAGAAC